AUGGCGAGAAGUGCGGGAAGCCUAAGAGCUCCUCUAACUCGCUGGCGAGUGACUCCAUCGCUGCCUUGUGCCUUAUCAAGACCAUCUAAUAUAUGGGAUAUACGCUACAUCAGCGGCCAGCAAGUAUCAAACAAUGCUUCUCUGACAUAUACAUUGCGAUCAUUCUCAUCCCAACCAAAUAAAGGCGACAAUGGCAUUUCAUUUCAGCCUGGGAACCGACUCGCCGGCCGAAACUGCAUGAUAACCGGCGGUACAUCCGGCAUCGGCUUCGCCAUUGCCGAAAGAUUUCUACAAGAAGGAGCUUCGACCAUAACCCUCGUCGGCCGAUCACAAGCCCGCCUAGAGGAAGCAGCCACAAAACUCGAGUCUCUGACAGGCACGCUACCAGGCAGCGACGACAGCACCAGUGCAAUAGCGACCCGCACACCAGAAGAAGACAGCCAGCAAGACAAUGAAGGCAAGAUCCGUCUCCUCGUCGGCGACGUCUCAAAUGCCGGGCCAUGGAUGCGUGAACUCGAGAAGGAAAUGUCAAACAUAGACAUCCUUGUCAACGCAGCAGGGAUCUCUAUCUCAAAUAUCCUACCACGGUCCGAGCUGGCAGAUAUCUCUAUGAUCCUACGCACGAAUCUCGAAGGCGCAAUGCUCACUUCACGGGCGUUACUGCGUGCCUCUGUCCGCAGCCGCAUGCGCAAUCGAACUCAAGCUGCGGGGACCAAGCCCCACUCGAAAUGCAUUAUUAAUGUCUCUUCUUUGCUUGCGCUCAAGGGAGGAACCGGGGCGGUUCCAUACGCUGCGUCAAAAGCUGGGCUUCUGGGUCUGACGCGGUCAUUGGCUGUUGAGGCAUCGGCUUCAAUGAAGGACAUUGUCAUUCGUUCAAACGCCAUUGUGCCGGGAUAUAUUGAGACGCCCAUGAUUGCAGAUUUCACACCAGGAGAGAUAACCAGACUGAAGGAUCUGAUUCCUCUGCAUCGAUUUGGAGACCCCCGUGAGAUUGCCGAUGCAGCUGUCUUCUUGGCACAGAAUGAAUAUGCUAAUAACUGUGUGCUGAAUCUCGAUGGUGGGCUGAGUGCCGUUUGA